AUGCCCGCUGUCCGGGAGGACCCAGCUGGGCCUCUGAUCUUUCGCACCUCGGGACAGCUGCCGUACCCUGAUCCAGCUAAUCCCCAGCUGCCACCCAACAUAUAUCCCCGCCAGGUGACCCUUCGAGACCGUGUCACAGUCGCGACCCUUGUUCCGUUCGCUUCCCCCGCAGAUGUGCCGGCGUCAUUGCUGGGGUACCUAUGCGAUCAGCUCAAUAAAGAGAUUGAUAUGGGAGACACUUAUCCCAUGAUUGAUCCCCUCUCCUUCGACUCCUUUGGUCCCUAUUGGUUCUCAAACUUUGGUGCUGUAAUGCUGCUUGGCGACAUCAACAGUAUUCAUGAAGUCCAAGACACGGGAAAUAUGGGGACUGAUUGGAAAAAGAUUUGCCUGGGAAGCUUUAAUAUUAAGCCCAAUUAUCCUGGGCGUAGCAGUCAUGUUUGUAAUGGGAGUUUUCUCGUCACUGAUGCGUCGCGGAAUCGGGGAGUAGGGAGGUUAAUGGGUGAAUGUUACCUAGAAUGGGCGCCUCUUUUGGGCUAUACCUACUCUGUUUUUAAUCUUGUUUACGAGACCAAUGUUGCAUCCUGCCGAAUCUGGGAUGCAUUGGGCUUUAAACGCAUUGGUAAAGUUCCAGGUUGCGGAAACCUUCGGUCACACCCAAAUCAACCCGUUGACGCCAUCAUAUAUGGACGGGAUUUGGGACCAGAAGGCGAAGAUUUUGUGUCAGAGGAGCGAUUUGAUAAGAUUCGAUAUUAUUUGAAGCAUUCAAAAUAUCCAAGUGGUGCCGACCGUGCAGAGAAGAGCCGCCUAAGGAGCGCUGCAACCCACUAUAAACUCGUCGGUGGGCAGAAUGGAGAACCGGAGAAGUUGAUGCUAAAGGAUAAAGAGGUGGUAUCAGAUCCUCAGCAACAGUAUGAGAUUGCACGCCGAAUCCAUCUCCAGCAACACGGAGGGAUCAAUAAGACCACCGCCACCAUUGCGUUGAAGUAUCACUGGGUCCGUAUCAAAGAAACAGUUAGCAUGGUCAUCAAGAACUGUCCGCAGUGCAAAGAAACUCCAAAAGUUUCCCCUGCCAACUCCAAUUCUAACUCCAAUUCCACUUCCAACGCAAACUCCAACUCCAAGUCAAUCUCCAACUCCAUUCCGAACUCCAUCCCUGACUCCAUCCCUAACUCCAUUCCCAACUCAAUAUCCCAAUCUACCUCCAACUCCAACUCGGAAAUUUCUCUACCCAGAAGAGAAAAGUCUUCCGGCUCGCGCGAGCAGACAACAUACAGCAUACCUACAAAUGACUUUGACACGCCCCAAGACCAACUCCUCACAGCGCACGAUGAAUACGAUAAAGACAACACAUUCGGUAGUACUCACCCUCAACUGAUGCACGCACCCGUCGAAGAUGCCAUGACAGCAACCUACGCCGAUAUUCCCCUAGAUCCCCAAAUAAUGGACGGCAUCCAACAACACCUCCCACCAUUCCCGGACCACAAUCACCACAACCCCCAUCACCAUCACCACCAUCACAGCACCGUCAACCCGUAUGGAGCCAGUAGCCUACACGACCCGCACAGCUUACAGCAUGAGUUUGAUCAUACUGGUUCCGCUGCAGUGAUACAACAUCAUGACCAUCCCAAUGACUAUCAGGUUCCUGGAAAUAUGACAUCUCAGGCCGCUGAGGCGUUACGACAGCAGACGAUGCGGUUAGUGAAUAGCGGGCGGAUGGCAAGCGACUCGGACCUGCAUCAAGAAUUGCUCAAUGCGGCUUUUGGGAGUCCAGAUGAGAACCCAUUUAAUACUUGA